CUAUGAAAAUGGAUUUAAAGUUCUGCCUUGUUCAAAGUAAACAUGUCACUGUAUUACCAUUUUUUCCUUUCAUUGGAGUAGUUCAUAAAUUGUUGUAUAGUACAACUUGCAGUUUCUGAGAAAUGAGAAAAAAGAAGCGACUACCAUGUGAUCAUGUGAAAAUACUUGUUAUACAAAUUGGCGGGCAGGAUUAGGUAACCAUGGCCGGACCACGUUUGGAAGUGCUUAAUGCACUAGAUAUUGCGAAGACUCAAUGGUACCAUUUUACAGCAAUUGUGAUAGCUGGAAUGGGUUUUUUUACAGAUGCAUAUGAUCUUUUCUGCAUCUCUUUAGUCACCAAAUUGCUCGGGCGCAUAUACUACACAGACUAUACCAAAGACAAGCCGGGAUCCUUACCUCCAGACGUAGCAGCUGCUGUUAAUGGUGUCGCACUUUGCGGUACUUUAGCAGGCCAGCUCUUCUUUGGUUGGCUUGGUGACAAACUGGGUAGGAAAAAAGUGUACGGGAUCACUCUAAUUCUCAUGGUUGUUUGCUCCCUUGCCUCAGGGCUUUCCUUUGGAAGUUCUCCAAAAGGAACCAUAGCCACUCUUUGUUUCUUCAGGUUCUGGCUUGGAUUUGGUAUUGGUGGUGACUAUCCUCUAUCUGCAACAAUUAUGUCCGAGUAUGCCAACAAGAAGACUCGUGGAGCAUUUAUCGCUGCUGUGUUUGCUAUGCAAGGAUUUGGUAUUUUGGCUGGUGGGAUUGUAGCUCUAAUUGUUUCAAGUGCAUUUAAUAACAGAUUCCCAGCCCCUACAUAUGCAGUUGAUCGACGUGCCUCACUUAUUCCUCAAGCUGACUAUGUUUGGCGCAUUAUUUUGAUGUUCGGUGCCAUCCCUGCUGCGUUGACUUACUACUGGCGUAUGAAGAUGCCAGAAACUGCACGUUACACUGCCCUUGUCGCCAAAAACGCGAAACAAGCUGCUGCAGAUAUGUCUAAGGUGCUCAAUGUUGAUCUUGAAGCAGAGGAAGAGAAGGUGACAAAGAUAGUUACAGAACCAAACAAUUCGUUUGGUUUGUUCUCUAAGGAAUUCGCCAAGCGCCACGGUCUUCACUUGGUAGGAACAACCACUACUUGGUUCUUAUUGGAUAUCGCUUUCUACAGCCAAAAUCUUUUCCAGAAGGAUAUCUUCACGGCAAUCAACUGGAUUCCUAAAGCUGCGGAAAUGAAUGCAUUAUAUGAAGUUUUUCGGAUUGCAAGAGCUCAAACCCUUAUUGCACUAUGCAGUACCGUACCAGGAUAUUGGUUUACAGUGUUCUUGAUUGACUACAUGGGAAGAUUUGCCAUUCAGUUGAUGGGUUUCUUCUUUAUGACUGUUUUCAUGUUCGCGCUCGCUAUUCCUUACGAUCACUGGACCUUGAAGCCCAACAGAAUUGGCUUUGUAGUAAUGUAUUCGCUGACAUUUUUCUUUGCCAAUUUUGGACCAAAUGCGACUACAUUUGUCGUCCCAGCAGAGAUUUUCCCAGCAAGGCUAAGAUCAACCUGUCACGGUAUAUCUGCAGCAGCAGGAAAGGCAGGUGCUAUAGUAGGUGCAUUUGGCUUCUUAUAUGCUGCACAAAGCCAAGACAAAACCAAGACUGAUGCAGGUUAUCCUCCCGGUAUUGGAGUCAAGAACUCUUUGAUUGCACUUGGUGUAAUCAAUUUCAUUGGCAUGUUGUUUACUCUAUUGGUCCCUGAAUCAAAGGGUAGAUCGCUCGAAGAAUUGACCGGUGAGAAUGAUGAAAGUGGCGAGGAAAUGCAGGCCGCUGCUUCUGUUAGGACUGUUCCUGUGUGAUUUUCUUUUUUUCUUUUCUACUAAACUUUAUCAGACAGCUCGCUUUUCAUCAGGGUUUGUGAUACUUCUAUUGUGGAUCUAAUAUAUAUUUUGCUUUGUGAAAUGUAAUAGCGUACAUAUAUUUCAGUUGUUUUUGAAUUUGUUUCCUUGUUCUAAAGCUACUUGUAUUAUUAAUAUAUGUUCUUACAUAUAUCUGAUUUAUGCGUACUCUUCCUUGUGCUCUUUACUGUAAGGAUCAAGCCCAAAUUGGAAUAAAAUGAGCACGAUUUUAUUUUUUGAAUGAA